AAGCGGAUGCGACGCCUCCAUAACUCAGCCCAAUUCAGGGCAGUGAAAAGCGCUUUCGGCGGGUUCAAUUAAAAUGGCGCCAGUGCCGCGAGCGCGGCGGUGCUGCGGGAAGAACGGCAGCGGGUAGGACGGCACUGCGAGUCGGCGCGCUGCUGCACAACACAGCGGGGCGCCAUGGCGGCCUUGGAUCAGAAAUCGCCCAACGUCCUUUUGCAGAGCCUUUGUUGCAGGAUCACGGGGAAGAGCGAAGCGGAAGUGGCACACCAGUUCCAGUAUGCCGUGCGAGUCAUCGGGAGCAACUACGCACCCACCAUUGAGCGCGACGAGUUCUUGGUGUCCGAGAAGAUCAAGAAGGAACUGCUGAAGCAGAGGCGGGAAGCCGACGCAGCCCUGUUUUCGGAACUCCACAGGAAGCUUCAGACGCAGGGGGUUCUGAAGCACAGGUGGUCAGUUCUGUACCUGCUCCUGAGCUUAUGUGAAGAUCCACGGAAACCAUCCUGCAGGGUGCCUGGCUACGGCGCCCUCUUUGCUCAGGGCCUGCCUCGGGAUGCCCACUCCACCCCGUUCUACUGUGCUCGUCCGCAGAGUCUGGCCUUGGGCUACGCAGACCGCAGCAGCUCCAUGCACACCUCUGCCAGCUUGGGCACCAGUGGCGUCAGCAGUUUGGGGACGUACACCCUCAACGGGCCCACCCUCACUCCGCCAUGCCUGAUGUCCGGGCCCCAGACCCAGGCGGCAGGAGAUUCCCUCCGGCAGCAACUGGGCUCCCGAUUAGCGUGGACCCUGCCCCCCAGUGCAUCUCCCUCUGCCACUGCACCUACCUCACGAGGGUCCCUGGGCCCUCCAGGACCUGUGGCCAGGGCCCCACACAGACCCCGGCGGGAAGGGGAUGAUAGUGCUGAAGUCGGCGAAGCAGCCCUUGUCCGAGACAUCCUGUACGUCUUCCAAGGAAUUGAUGGCAAGUUCAUCAAAAUGUGCAGCCCUGAAAAUUGCUACAAAAUAGAUGCAAAGAUGCCGUUGUCCAAGUCUCUGCGGGACAUGAGCAGUCGGUUGGCGGAGCUCGGGUGGCUGCACAACAAAGUUAGGAAGUACACAGACUCCCGCAGCCUGGACCGGGCCUUUGGCCUAGUGGGCCAGAGCUUCUGUGCUGCCCUGCAUCAGGAACUGAAGGAAUACUACAGGCUGCUCUCUGUGCUGCAUUCACAGCUGCAGGUAGAGGACGACCAGGGGGUCAACCUGGGUUCAGAGAGCAGCCUGACACUGCGUCGGCUUCUGGUUUGGACCUACGACCCCAAAGUCCGACUCAAGACGCUUGCGGCCCUGGUGGACUACUGCCAGGGGAGAAAAGGGGGCGAGUUGGCCUCUGCAGUCCAUGCCUACAGUAAGACAGGUGACCCAUACAUGCGUGCACUGGUCCAGCACAUUUUGGGCCUCGUGUCCCAUCCCAUCCUCAACUUCCUGUACCGCUGGAUCUACGAUGGAGAGCUGGAGGACACAUACCAUGAGUUCUUUGUGGCUUCGGACCCAACGGUGAAGACAGACCGACUGUGGCAUGACAAAUACAGUCUUCGGAAAUCCAUGAUCCCAUCCUUCGUCACCAUGGAUCAGGCCCGGAAGGUUCUGCUGAUUGGGAAGUCAAUCAACUUCUUGCACCAAGUGUGUCACGACCGGACGCCUCCCGGCAAGCUAACCCCUGCUUCAAAGUCCACAGAGUCUCCCAAAGAUGCAGCCGAACUCUUCACCGACCUAGAAGGCACUUUCCAGGGGAAGAUCGACGCAGCAUACUUUGAGACCAGUAAGUAUCUGCUGGACAUCCUGAACAAGAACUACCUGCUUCUGGAGCACCUGCAGGCCAUGCGACGCUACCUGCUGCUCGGCCAGGGAGACUUCAUCCGCCACCUCAUGGACCUUCUCAAGCCAGAGCUGGCACGCCCAGCCACCACACUCUAUCAGCACAACCUCACUGGCAUCCUGGAGACAGCGGUGAGGGCCACCAACGCUCAGUUUGACAGUCCUGAGAUCCUGAAGAGGUUGGACGUGCGGCUACUAGAGGUGUCCCCUGGUGACACAGGCUGGGAUGUCUUCAGUUUGGACUACCAUGUGGAUGGACCUAUUGCUACGGUGUUCACGCGUGAGUGCAUGAGCUGCUACCUGCGAGUGUUCAAUUUCCUGUGGCGAGCCAAGCGCAUGGAGUACAUCCUUACUGAUAUUUGGAAGGGCCAGAUGUGCAAUGCCAAAUUGCUGAAGGCCAUGCCAGAACUGUCGGGGGUGCUGCACCAGUGCCACAUCUUGGCUUCUGAGAUGGUCCACUUUAUCCAUCAGAUGCAGUAUUACAUCACCUUUGAGGUUCUUGAGUGUUCGUGGGAUGAGCUGUGGAACAAGGUCCAGCAGGCACAGGACCUUGACCAUAUCAUUGCUGCCCAUGAAGUCUUCCUGGACACCAUCAUCUCUCGCUGCUUACUGGACAAUAACAACAGAUCCCUGCUGAACCAGCUGCGGGCCAUCUUCGACCAGAUCAUCGAGUUCCAGAAUGCCCAGGACGCCCUGUACCGCUCUGCUCUGGAGGAGCUGCAGCUCAGGCUGCAGUUUGAGGAGAAGAAGCAGCAGCGAGAGGCAGAGGGGGAGUGGGGAGUGACAGCUGCUGAGGAGUCUGAAGAAAAGAAGCGAAUUCAGGAAUUCCAGGAAACCAUACCAAAAAUGCGCUCACAGCUGAGAAUACUGACACACUUCUAUCAGGGGAUUGUCCAGCAAUUCCUGGUUCUCCUCAUGAGCAGUUCAGACGAAAGCCUCCAGUUCCUCAGCUUCCGGCUGGAUUUUAAUGAGCACUACAAGGCCAGGGACCCCCGGCUGCGUGUCUCACUGGGAGCCACCAGGGGGAGACGGAGCUCCAAUGUUUAGCUAGAAGCCACCUUCACAACCAUCUUCUUCCUCCUCAUUUUUCAGUAUACAGUGUGUGUAUGUGUGCGCACACAUGCAUACACACAGACACACACCUUGUCAACAGGGCUACAUAGAACUCCACUGUGUCACAUGAAGACAAAUCUGCUUCUCCCCCAUCAUCACCAAACAGUACGUUUUCCUAAAAUGCCCCAAGAGAUGAAAUAUAGUAGAAAUUUUAUUUUAAAUAGUACAAAAGUCAGUGCUGUUGCUGCCUUUUCCAUUUCAGUCUAGUGCGCCUCCCAUCUUUCUGAUGAACCUGUCAUUUGGUAUUUUCAGUUUUAAGUUAAUUCUAUUUCCUAUAUUGUUUGCUCCACUGUUUAGAAUUUGUAAUGAGUCUGGAUCUAACAAUUUUGCACUUAAUAAUGGUGAUUUGUUUGUUUUUACCCUAAUGUCUUAAGUACUGCUCUUUCGUGCACAGUCGAUGCAACAUCGGUAUAAAUAUUUGUAUUUAUAAUACUUGUAGCAAGUAUCACAAUGCAAAUAUUACUGUUGAAAAGAUUUGCCUUACUAAGAAAUCCUGAAGGUAAAAAGGAUUUUUUGUUCUCAGCAAGCUCCCAGCAAAAGCUCUUUGUAUACCAUCCUCACUCUUUCCUUUUGUUAGUUUUUUCUUUUUUUAAUAUAUAUAUAUAUAUAUAUAUAUUUCUCUUUCUAGUUUGUGACUUGUCCAGCAUGUUGAAAUGACAUUGUCCACUGUUUGCCUUCAACACACACAGAUCAGGUUUAUCAAACUGUCCCCUAUCAUUGUUCUCAGAGGAAUCUUUCUAUUUUCAUGUUGAUGGAAAAUAUAGAAUUGUAAAAAGAAAACCACAUGUAGGCAUGGAAGUGGACUGGUCCCAGUACUCUGGCUGUCACUAUGGGUUCUCCCACCACCUUGAUCUCUCUGUUUUGAACUGUGCAUUUUGUGUCCAGGCAUGUGUACCAGGAGGUCCACACCACAGUAUGUCAGACUUUAAAAGUGCGGUGUACAUCUCGGAUUUGUAUAGCACAUAUGUAGACACCACAUACUGA